UCCACUUCCAUCUCAUUCUCUCCGCGUCCGCUUUGCCGCUAUUGAGGCCAUUUGCUCAUAGCUGUCUGUACAUUGUUGUACCAUCAUUGUCAUUUCAAUCUUCUGGGUUCCCGUUGAUUCGGUCACUUGAUUCACUACUGUUUAUCUUGCUUCUGUCAUUGACUCCCUAAUAAUCCUCACCUCACGUUGUCAAUUUGGCUUUUCGCCGGUCGUGAUACCCCGUCGUUUUUUCAGUUUUCACAAUGGGCCUCGCUUCGAACAUCUUCUACUACACCUUUCACCCCUCAGAACUGAGGUCGAUAGUGCAAUGGAAGGUCUGGCACUCACCCGUUCACGAACGCAAUGAGAAGGACGAGACCGAAACCCAAAAGGCCUGCUUCAAAUUCCUCGACUUGACCAGUCGCAGCUUCAGCGCCGUCAUCAAGGAGUUACAUCCUGAGUUGCUGCUGCCUGUCUGCAUUUUCUACUUGGUCCUGCGCGGCUUGGACACCAUCGAAGAUGACACCUCGAUCCCCCUGGAGACCAAGGAGCCUCUCCUCCGCGGCUUCAAGGAUUUCCUCGAGCAGGAUGGCUGGACCUUCACUGGCAACCGCCCCGAGGAGAAGGACCGUGAGCUGCUGGUUCAGUUUCACAACGUCAUCACGCAAUUCAAGAACAUGAAGCCGGCAUAUCAGGCGAUCGUGAAGGACAUCACCGAUAAGAUGGGUAACGGUAUGGCCGACUACUGCCGGAAGGCCGAAUUCGAGGACGCCAGCGUCAAGACCACGGCCGAGUAUGAUGAAUACUGCUGGUACGUGGCUGGCCUGGUGGGCGAAGGCUUGACGCGUCUGUUUGUCGAGGCUGAGUUCGCCAACCCGGCUCUCUUGGAGCGCACUCGUCUGCACAAAUCGAUGGGUCUCUUCCUGCAGAAGACCAACAUCAUCCGUGACGUUCGAGAGGACAAUGACGACAAACGUCGCUUCUGGCCCAAAGAAAUUUGGUCGAAGCACGUGACCAACUUUGACGAUCUGUUUGACCCACAGCAUCGCGAGGCAGCGCUUAAUUGCGGCUCCGAGAUGGUCUUGAACGCAUUGGAACAUGUGGAGGACUGCCUGUUCUAUCUGGCUGGUCUCCGGGAGCAGAGUAUCUUCAACUUCUGUGCCAUCCCGCAGUCCAUGGCCAUCGCUACCCUGGAGCUGUGCUUCCGCAACCCGGCGAUCUUCGAAAGAAACAUCAAGAUCACCAAGGGUGAGGCGUGCAAGCUCAUGUUUGAAUCGACCCAGAACCUGCGGGUGCUCAGUGACACCUUCCGUGUGUACGCCCGUCGGAUCCACAAGAAGAACACUCCUAAGGAUCCCAACUUCUUGAAGAUCAGUCUCGUUUGCGGACGGAUUGAAAAGUGGAUUGAGACAAUCUUCCCCACCCAGUCCGCUGAGGUGGCCAAGCGUCGCGUCACUGGCGAGAUGACUGAGGCUGAGCGUAAGAAGAGAGAGGAAGAGGCCGACACGCGCCAGGAUGUGUGCUUUAUGAUGGGCCUCAUGCUGGUGAUCGUGGUCAUUGUCUCGGUUGUUAUGAUUGGCACGGCUUGGAUGUUGGGUGCGCGGUUCGAUCUCGCAUGGCAAGAGCUGAGGAAGGGCAACUUCCGGCCGCCCGAGAAUAUUCACGAGCUCGCCCACCAGGAACUGUAGCUUGUUCCAAUAUCUUCUACGGAGUUACGACAUGUCUUGAUACUUACUAGUGACCGCGGCUGGCUCAUGUUCUAUACUCUAUUUCGCCGCCAUGACCGCCAUACUUUAAUACAUUGACCUGACACAUUAUUCUCUCUUCUUUUAGGUUCACUAGCACGGAUGUCAAAUUGCAAUCCAGCCUGUCCAUGACUGUGGUUGUGCCGAAGAAGUGCUGAUAUUGAAAUGAGAAAUUCUCGCCCAGCGACGUACUAGAUGUGUGUCUUGCAACUUAACUGUUGCGAUGGCAAACAUCCAUUGAGGACCUGGAACAUACUGUAAACAUAGGUAGUUUUAAUGAAUUGAUAUCUGC